AUGAAAAAUCAUUUAGAUCAACACGUUUGUGCUCAAGCCGAGGAACAAACUUUAAACUUCAAUGAUAAUGCAGAAACAAAUAUUUGUGCAGAAACCCCUUAUAAAUGCCAAGAACCUGCAACAACAUAUGCUCAUUCACAGUGCUUGAAAAAACAUAUGCUCAUUCACACUAGAGAUCGUCCCCAUAAAUGUGAAACAUGUUAUGAGACAUUCACACAACAAAUACAACUGAAAAGACAUAUGCUCGUUCAUAGUGGGAAAGAGAUCCAUACUUGUGAAAUUUGCAAUGAGACUUUUGCUCAUUAUUCUAGCAUGAAACGACAUAUGCUCGUUCACAGUGGGGAAGACUCCCAUAAAUGUGAUGUAUGUGAUAAGACUUUUACACGAGCCAAUAAUCUGAAAAAGCACAUGGACACUCAUACAGGAGACUUGAAAAAACAUAGGCUCAUUCACACUAGAGACCGUCCCCAUAAAUGUGAAACAUGUUAUGAGACAUUCACACAACAUAUUCACUUGAAAAGGCAUAUGCUCGUUCACAGUGGAAAAGAGAUCCAUACUUGUGAAAUUUGCAAUGAGACUUUUGCUCAUUAUUCUAGCAUGAAACGUCAUAUGCUUGUUCACAGUGGGGAAGACUCCCAUAAAUGUGAUGUAUAUAAUAAGACUUUUACACGAGCCAAUAAUCUGAAAAAGCACAUGGACACUCAUACAGGAGACUUGAAAAAACAUAGGCUCAUUCACACUAGAGAUCGUCCCCAUAAAUGUGAAACGUGUUAUGAGACAUUCACACAACAUAUUCACCUGAAAAGACAUAUGGUCGUUCACAGUGGGAAAGAAAUCCAUACUUGUGAAAUUUGCAAUGAGACUUUUGCUCAUUAUUCUAGCAUGAAACGACAUAUUCUCGUACACAGUGGGGAAGACUCCCAUAAAUGUGAUGUAUGUGAUAAGACUUUUACACGAGCCAAUAAUCUGAAAAAGCACAUGGACACUCAUACAGGGGAGUAA